UGGUUUGGAGAAAACGCGUGACGAUGCCAAAAGAAGGAGUCAGUCCCUUAGCAGUUCAGCCUUGCAGAGAAUUAAAAUACUGAGUGUCUGAUCGGAGCCCUGUCCGUCUUGAGUCAUCGCCGAGGGGCCAUGGGCAUCCUGAGGUCCAGCCCAAACACCAUGGCUAGGGCCAGCGCCUUCCGAUCCUACCAGCUGCUGCUGCUGCUAGCAGCGGCGCUCGCCGUCGUGGCUUUUUACUACUUCGGAGCGGAGCGUCAGAGCUUCUCCAGCACGACCAGGCGCCUCAAGGAGACCCAGGCGAGCCUCAACGCCAACAGGAACGAUGCGGACUUGUCCUCGGACACCGGGGCCGGGCACCCCGACCUGUACUACCACGCGCUGAUGAUGUUCACUAAAGUGGACCGAAACCGGGGGCUGCAGGAGAAGUUCCGGGUCGCCCUGAGGUCCAUGGCCGCGCACGGCGGCUUCGCGGACGGGGAGGUGUUGGUCCUCCACUUUGUGAGCGACGCGCCGAGCAGAGAGCUGGGUGAGAGGAUGCUUCCAGAGCUGCUUCGGGAUGCCACCUUCCGGUAUGAGGUCGUAUUCCACGACGUGAGCACCCUGACCGAGAAGCUCUUCCCCAUCGUCGAGGCCAUGCAGAAGCACUUCAGCGCCGGCUCGGGGGCCUACUACAGCGACUCCAUCUUCUUCCUGUCCGUCGCCAUGCACCGCAUCAUGCCUGCAGAUCUGAAGCAGAUUGUACAGCUGGACCUGGAUCUCAAAUACAGGAGCAACAUCAGGGAGCUGUUCCAGGAGUUCACCCGUUUCCCUGCUGGGGCGGUCAUUGGCAUUGCCAGGGAGAUGCAGCCAGUUUACAGGCACACCUUCUGGCAAUACCGGCGGGAGAACCCGAAGACCGCAGUGGGCGGCCCCCCUCCCGACGGCCAGCCGGGCUUCAACAGCGGCGUGAUGCUGCUGGACCUGGAGGCCAUGAGGCGCUCGGCGCUCUACAACCAGCUGCUGGAGCCGGCGAGGGUGGCGCGGCUGGCCGACAAGUACCACUUCCAGGGCCACCUGGGGGACCAGGACUUCUUCACCAUGAUCGGCAUGGAGCACCCGGGCCUCUUCCACGCGCUGGACUGCGGCUGGAACCGCCAGCUCUGCACCUGGUGGAGGGAGCACGGCUACGGGGACGUCUUCCAGCUCUACUACCAGUGCGACCUGCCCGUCAGAAUCUACCACGGCAACUGCAACACCCCCAUCCCGGACGACUGAGCCCCCUCGGUUUGCCCGAGGCGCUGCCGGCUUCACCCUGGCGGGAGCUCGGAAAAGGGAGCCCAGCCGGCACGUGCCUCGCGUUUCUGAAAUCUGCGGCUCCGUUGUGCGGGCUCUGUGGCAGUCCCUUCUUCAGUACCGAUCUCGUUCCUGACUCCAGCUCACUGCAGCAAGACUUUUCCGCCAGAGGUGUGAAAAUGUUUUGGGCUCAAGUCUUUCAGCUCAGUUUGGCCUCUAGUAAAACACCAGCAGGCUGCAGAGUAUGUGUGGAGCAAUAAGGUGCAGAAGGCAGGUCCCACUAGUUUAAGCCAACUGGGCGCAGGUGGUGAUGAACGAUGGCAGUUUAAUUUUGAACAGCAAGUUGUCUGCUCACAAGAGUCAGUUGGUUUACCAUAAAAUAUCAGACCAGGGAGACGCUGACUAAAAUGGAGCAGCUUUACAAACAGCAGCUACAGUAAAGUCAUUAUUCCAUUUAGUCAUUUUUUCAUUUGGACACGGAUAAAUGCAGUAUUACCCUACUGCACAUAAUCAUUGAUACACCUUGCUGGCCAGGUAAACAGAUGUUUUAUGCAAUUACCUGGUUGUUUUCCCCAUCCAUAAUGCAUAAGUACUAGGUGGUUACAAUGAAAGAGUGAAUUUACACAAGAUGCACCAUGGUGGGAAACAUAUAGCAGUGUAAGAUGAGUGGAAUCAAAAACUUUUAUAUGUAAAACAGAGGGAUCUUCUUUUAAAAGAACACAUUUUAGCCCUACACCCUUUUCAAAUGCAAAGGAUAUAGUACUUGUGUGAAGUUUUUACUGCAGCUGAAGAAGAGACCAAUAUGAAUGCCUGUUAUUCAAUCAAGCAUUUAAUUAUGUUAUGUCAUUAAGUUGUGAAGAAAAUUAAAGCUUAAAUGUUAACCUAGUUGCUGCUCUGGAAUGUGGAAUUGUCAUUUUUCACCAUGAUUGUGUUGCACGGUUUUUAAUUGUGCAGUUUUUAUUUAGAGCAAAUACCACUUGUGUAGUCAACCUGCAAUGUUAGCCAGUCAGUGUUCCAUUAUAGUUCCAUUUGAAAAAACACUUGUGUUCCUCUCCAGCUUGAUGCUUUAUUAAGGAGUGACUAAAGUUACCCGGUUCCAUGUUAAAGAAAUUGAGUUAAGACCUCGACAAAUUUGCGUAGAAAGUGUGAAAAUAAGAUUUAUGAAAGGAUGGAAGAACUAGGAAUAAAACUAUAAACAUAUUCCAGUUUUCAAGGGUUGCAGCUACUGGUUUUCACCUUUCUGGUUGAACCGAUGCUUUUGGAAAAGAUAAAAUCCCUCCAACCCCCUUCUUGAUCGAGAUUGAUGCAAGACAUUUUUUACAUGUACAAAACACGUUAGUGUUGUGUUUGAGAUUUUGUCCUCAUGUUGCCAAAUGUAAUUUUAUCAAGUGCCAUUUAAGUAUAUUGUUUAAAGUAUAUUCUAGUAUAUUCUAAAAUUCUUCCUUUUCUUAAGGAUGGCAAGCAAUAGAAUUUGAAGUGAAGGAAGAAAAAAAGUCACUUGAGACCAAUGAACGUAACAUUUUAAAACCCAAAGAAACCAGACCUGGUCAUGAGGAGAUGAUUUAUUCAGUACUGUUUGUCAUCUAUCCCAUGAUGGGUGUCUUCAUUUCUUAUUUUUUGUUGUAAAUUUGCACUUCCUGGUACCUCAUCUGUUGUUCCGUGUUUAAAUUCCCAACACCUUUCCCUCAUUUGGAAAGGAAUGUUAUUAUACAGAUAUAUAGUGUUACCUUCAUUGUAUUCUUGAAUGCAAGUUUUAUAUGUCAUCUGUUUUAUAAUAUUGCCAUGCACAGAUUGCAUGGGGGACUAAUAAAUAAAGAAAAAAAGCACA